AUGCUAAAACGAGCACCCUUGGCACGACGCCCCCGCCGCGCCGCGGUCGCUCUUCCUCGCCUCCUCGCGCUGUGGGGCGGCGCGCUGAGCUGCAUUUCGAACGCGGCGGUGUCGCUCGAGGGCGAGAUCGGUCGACGGGUGGACGUCGACCGCGAGCUGCGCCGGCACGAGACGAGCGUGCGGCCGCCGCCGGGGUCGGGCAUCGCGCGGUACGACUGCGCGUGUGUGGCGAGCAACCAGCCCGCGGAGGACGAGCACGCCGAAGCCGUCCUGCCCGUCCCGUCCGGCCACUGGUCCUUCUUCGGCCUCUUCGACGGCCACAACGGCGGCGAGACGAGCAAGUGGCUCGCGGACAACCUCACCCUCGCCGUCGCCGGCGCGCUCGCCGACCUCUACUCGCGUCUCGCCGCGGCCACCGGCGGCACCCCGGACCCGACGCCGGCGGAGAUCCAGGAGACGAUCCGGGCCGCGUUCGCCGCCGUCGACGAGCACAUCGUGCACGACGGCCUCGCCACGGCGCUCGCGCUCUCCGCGGCGGCGCGCACGGAGGACGCCGCGCGCGUCCUCGCGCCCGCCCACCCGGGCGAGGUCGCGCGGCUGACGGCGGCGCACCCGGGCGAGCCGCUGCUGCUGCAGCACGGGCGCGUGCUCGGGAUGGGCGUGUCGCGCGCGUUCGGCGACGCGCGCCUCAAGUGGCCGCGCGCGGCGCAGCAGGAGCUGCGGCGGCGCGGGCUCGCGCGCGGCGCGGCGCUGCCGGAGGUGCGCACGCCGCCGUACGUGCACGCGGCGCCGGAGGUGGUGAGCGUGCCGGUGCGCGCGGGGGACUUUCUCGUGCUCGGCUCGGACGGGCUCUGGGAGGCGCUCACGAACGAGGAGGCGGUGGGCCUCGUCGGGAUGUGGCGGGACGCGCGCGCGGCGGGGGGGAAGGAGGGACGCAAGGGGCGGGUGCGGGACCCGGUGGGCGGGCACGCGCCGCACGUGCUGCCGGUGUGGGCGAGCGACGCGCCGGACAUGACGGUGCGGUACCGGCAGUGGAGCGCGGACAAGCGGUUCUCGUGCGCGGACGAGAACGCGGCGACGAUGCUGCUCCGGAACGCGCUGGGCGGGGCGGACCGCGAGCUCACCUCCGCGCUGCUGACGAUCAAGAGCCCACGGACGAGGGCGUAUCGAGACGACAUGACGGCGGUCGUGGUGUUCUUCGACGACGACGACGACGGCGCGUGA